AUGUCGUCGAUGAUCAAUCGAAGUGGAAGAAGUAGAAAGAAAAGCAAGAGGAUAUUACUAAAGACGGCAUUCAGCAAAUUCACUAAUGAUGAAUCCAAUCCAUUGCUAAUUGACAUCGAAGAUGAAAACAAUGAAGGAAACGAACAUGUACAACCUCAGAUUAGAAGAGAAGGACAAAAGAAGUGUGGGGAACGUGUUAAUCGCACACCAGCUCAUUCAAUGCGAAGGGAUCUUAAAGUUGUAGUUUUGAGCUCAGAUUCAAAAAAGAACAUGAAACCCAAAGUCAAUGUGAAGAAGUUUGAUGGAGGAAAUUCAAGGUUUUCAAAAGCUAAAAAAAAUAUACAGAAAAAAGGUUUGAUUGAAAGUUAUGACUUGAUAGAAGAUAGUGGACUAAAUAAGGAAAAUGAAUUGAGAACAAAAAGACGUUUUGAUAGAUGUAAAAUAAAAGGUGAUGAAGUUGUUGUUAUAAACUCAUUUUCAGGAAAAGAUAAUGUUACUGUCAAGAAGCUUCACGAAGAUGAAGACUCUGGUUUUGAAGUUGACAAACCUGUGGUAACAAGGAAAAAGAGAAGGCAUCAUACUUCAUUCAAAGAUGAUGACAAAGAAAAUGUGAAGAAAUUUAAAAGACAAAGGAAUAAAGAAGGAAAUGUAUUGAAGCCAAGAAAACUUCCUAAAGUUGUAGCAAGUGGUGCGAAGAAGCUAGGCGAAUACAAGUACGGACAUCUCCAAAUGUUUCGUACAGUUGUAUGCAUAACCUUAGCAAGGAACAGGAAGCUCAUAUUUCUUCUAUUGGUCUGGGGCAUUUGUUGA